GGUUAAGUUUCAGGAAAUGAUUGUUUGGGGAAAUCAAUGCCAGCAACACCCUUCUCAAUCGUCUCCACAAUAAAAGUGCUGCCAAAGCUGUAAAAAUAAAUUCAAAGAGCGUUGUAUCUAAUGAACACGAUGAGCAAAACAGUGAGGGAAUUGUUAAAGGAAAAGCUCGAUCAGCUUCAGUGCCACUUCACGUGGGGCCCACAGAAGGAGACCAUUGACCUGGAUGAUAUGAUGUACAGAUUACAAGAUUCUAUAGAUCUGAAUUUGAAGUAUAAGGCCAGGUCCUGCAACCAAUUUGCAUUUGUAAACAGCCUGCAGGGCAACUAUGAAGAAGCUAUUCAAAACUUAAAGGAAGCUGAAAAGAUUCUAAGGGAGAACUACAAAGAUGCAUUUGAAAGAAGAAGCAUCAUCACCUAUGGAAACUACGCUUGGGUGCAUUACCACAUGGGACAACUGACCGAGGCCCAAUCCUACCUCGACAAGCUGGAGAUGAUCUGUAAACCGCUCACUGAUGGCCCUCGCUAUACAGCAAUGAUACCUGAAGUGUAUGGGGAGAAAGGAUGGUCAUUGUUGAGAUCGGCAGCUCAAUACUAUGAGGAGGCCAUGGAAUGUUUUGAGAAAGCUCUGGAGGAAGAUCCCAAUAACACGGAGUGGAUCAUGGGCUUUGCAACUGCUCUGUAUCGUCUGGAAGCAAUUCCUGGAACCCCAGAGAAAUGCAAAAGUAGUCAGAGCGUGAAUCAUCUGAGACGUGUUCUGGAGCUUGAUCCAGAGGAAUCUUUGGCUAUGGUGAUGUUGGCCCUAAAACUGCAAGAGAACAAGCAAAAGAAGGAAGCAAAUGAAUUAGUUCAACAAGCCUUACAGAAAAGCCCUGAUGUUCCAAAAGUGCUUCGCAAUGCGGCCAAAUUUUACAGACUAGAACAAGCUGGGGAAAAGGCAAUUGAGCUGCUGAAAAAAGCAUUAGGAAGAACUCCACACAACAGUGUCCUACAUGACCAAAUAGGUAUGUGCUAUAGAGUGCAACUACUUGAAGUGUUCAAAAAUCCAUUGAGCUCUGAUCCUCAAAAUCCUGAAUUUCAACAGAAAAUGGUGUUGAUCGAUCAUUGCAAGCAUCACUUUGGAAAGGCAUUUGAACACCGUCCAAGGACAGCUAUUAAAUCACAACUAGAUUAUGCAGACAUCUGUCUAAGAAAUGGAGAGAAUUCCAAAGCAGGGGAGGUCUACAGCAAACUGCUGGAGUUAGAGGGCAUUAGUCCAGAAAACAUGCAGAGAAUAUGGUUACAGGCUGGCUUAUUUCAACUGCACAAGAGAAAGUCUGAUUCAAAUGCUGUCCAAUUGUUCCAGAAAGGACUGAAGAUUGAAAAUAACUCCAAAGUAUGGAAAAUGUGUUAUGAAAAUUUGGACAAGUGGGCAGAAAAGAAACUUUGCCGGGAUUCACAUGAUAGCAAGGCACUUGGUGUCAAAGGGUUACUGCAUCAGAUAGAUGGGGACAAGUCCAAAGCUAUUGAAUACUUUGAAGAGGCCUUGGAAUUCGAUCCAAGCAAUGAAGAAUACCUCAGUGCUCUUUGUGAAUUGCGCCUUUCGUUUGAAGAACAUCAUGACCUUUGAAAGAUGCAAUAAGAUGCGAUGGCUGCCCUGCCGGCGGUCUGUUUGCUUUUCCAUUCUUUUUGCUAUUUUUUAGUGUGUUCAAAGUUUGUUUUAAU